UUAUGGUCUGGCUUCCUUUGUGGACACGUUAGUUGGAUGAGGAGAGCAGAGCAGAGCGCGGUGGUCCACAUUCCCCGCAUCUUCCAGUUGCGCUCCUGCGCUUUACGCAGAGUCCGCGGCUCUUCUGGAACACUCAGCUUUCUCUUUCUAAACACCGAGAUGAACAUGAGAUGAUUGAGCUCGUGGGCCGUGCGCACUGAUGCUUCUCAUUUUGCCGUUUCCUCGCGGUUUUUUCCUCUCCUGUCUGCAUCCUUCGCCGACCAAUCUGUGGAAUGGUCUGCGUUUUCUCCCCUGGGUUGUUUCCACUUCAGCAUGGGAACUGCGGUGUCCAAAAGGAAGAAUCUGAGGAGUGAUGCGAUUUCUUCCGUGGCCGCAAAAGUUAGAGCAGCCAGAGCAUUUGGAGAAUACCUGUCCAAUACCAAUCCGGAGAACCGCAACGGAGCAGAUCAUCUACUGUCUGAAACUUUCUCUGGCCAGGACUCUCCAGACGUCAGUCACUUGCAUAACAACAAUCUGCCACCACAGAGCCAUUGUUUAUCCAUAGCUAAACCCGCCCAGUCCAGCCAGUCUAAUCCCAGCACUAACCCACAGUCUCAAUCUCAAGUCAACACUCUCCAGGCUCAAGCAUCACUUGGCCCCUCCAAACGGCGACUCUCUGCUGAACGCAGUCUUUCCAUAGAGGACCCUCCUGCUGCCAGGGGCUCACAGGGGCCUGUUGCUGUGAAGCCAGCCAGGGUGUACACAAUCACCAGGGAAGGCGGGAUGACCCUCGGGGGCCGUGGCAGUGAGGAGAGCCUGGAGUUGGAGGUGCUGAAGGGCUCCCAGGAGCAGCCUCUCUCACAGAGCACUUCUGCUGCCAGUCAUGGCCUAUCCUGCACCAGCCAACCAACCGCCUCAGCUGCCCGUGGCAGCCAUCACCGUAGCAGCCAUCACCGCAGUAACCAACAUCAUGCCCAGCAGCAUCACGGAGGCCCAACGUCAUCAUCGCAGCCGCUGCAGAGCUCGGGUAGCGCUGGCAACAUUCGUGAUUGGGGAAUGAGGAGAGGUGGGUCGCGGGAUGACUACACCCCAGACUGCGUUGCCUGCAUUCGGGCUCCAUGCCAAAGUCAGCGCUCCCUGGACCUAGAUACCUCACCCCGAGAUGGAGGGAAGCAACGCAAAAAACUGGAGAGAAUGUACAGCGAGGACAGAGCAUCUACAGAUGACAGGGAGGACAAUCCUAACAGCUGGUUCCCCAAAGAGAAUAUGUUCAGCUUUCAGACAGCCACCACCACCAUGCAGGCAAUAUCAAAUUUUCGCAAGCACCUUCGGAUGGUGGGCAGUCGCAGGAUGAAGGCCCAGACCUUCGUCGAUCGUCGAGCCAAGAGCUUCAGCCGCUCGUGGAGUGACCCCACCCCCGUCAAGCCUGAGUCACUGCAUGAAUCCAGAGACAGUGGUGAGCUUCAGACCUCCUCAGGGACGCUGGAUGAAGGGCUGGACGAGGAUGCCAACUGGGAGGAGGAGAGGGAAAUGGAAAGAGUGGCCUGUGAUGGAGAAGACUUUAUCCCCCCCAAAAUCAUGCUGAUAUCUUCCAAGGUCCCAAAGGCUGAAUAUGUUCCCAACAUAAUUCGUAGGGACGACCCCUCCAUCAUCCCCAUCCUUUAUGACCAUGAACAUGCCACAUUUGAUGACAUUCUGGAGGAGAUCGAGAAGAAGCUGACUGCCUACAGGAAAGGCUGUAAAAUCUGGAACAUGCUCAUUUUCUGCCAGGGAGGUCCGGGACAUUUAUACCUGCUGAAGAAUAAAGUGGCAACCUUUGCCAAGGUGGAGAAAGAAGAAGAUAUGAUCCAGUUCUGGCGGCGACUCAGCAGGCUGAUGAGCAAGCUGAACCCAGAGCCCAACCUCAUCCACAUUAUGGGCUGCUAUGUGCUGGGAAGCGCUAAUGGAGAAAAGCUUAUUCAGACUCUGAAGAGGUUGAUGAGACCCACCUCCGUUGAAUUUAAGUCCCCACUAGAGCUGUCGGCACAGGGCAAAGAGAUGAUCGAAAUGUAUUUUGACUUCCGCUUGUUUCGCCUGUGGAAAAGCCGCCGGCACUCCAAGCUACUGGACUACGACGACCUCUUGUGACACCACCCAGUGUUCUGUUGGCUUGUCGGCCAGUUAUUGCGAAUCUGAGCCUACCUUUGUACGGUGUCAAGGCAUUUGGUUGAAGUGGGGGGGCUCCUCUCCUCUCCAGAGAGGUUCCUAGACCGGCUCUCUGUGCACAGCUGGAAGCUGGAGCAGCAGUGGAGGCAGCAGCAGUUGGGUCUGUUUUUGUAAGCCCUUCUGAAGCGAUGGGGUGUGGCCCUGUAGAUUCAGCCAGCGGUGUGCUUUCUCACCUGCACCUAUUUUCACUUUCUGCCUCUGCCUAACCCUAGAAAAGAGAAAGAAGGGGGACAAGAGUGAGUUGGAGAAGCAAGUGACUCAUCAUCCUAGCCUAAAUGUGUCAGAAACGCCAACUACACUUAGAUUUCUGAGUUCAGAGAGACUAUUAGAUACAAGAGUGACAGUGGAGAAUCUCUGUCUGAGAUUUGAGGAUGUUUUUUUCUUGUCCCACCUUUAGCCAACCUAUCUGCUCUUGUUAGGAGGCUUAUAAGUAUGGAUUUAUAAGUUAUUUACAAAGGAAUUAGAGCUUAUAUGUAAAUAAACAAGUGCUUGCUAGAGCAUUAGAGAAUACAUUUUCAGCAUCUCUCGCCAUGCUGUCAUGUGAUAAUCUGGACAUGUGAUUAGUCUUAUUAAGAAUUACAGUUGUCUAUUUACUGCAGUCUUUUUUAAAACCUUCAUAUAAAUGUAAUAGUAUUUCUUACAGACUGUUGUAAUAACUCAGGUCAAAUUCUUUUGUUUUCUACUAAGAAUUGUACUCACCUGUACAACAUACUGUAGAUCAGAAUCAAAGGCCUUCAUACUCCACACAGAGUCAUCUUCAGUGGAACAUCAGGGAUGAGCGGAGCUUUUCUCCAUUUUCAUCUCGCCUUUUGAGUCAGCUGUAGCCAAACAGACAGAUGCAUCCAUGCAUGUUUUUCAUAACAUUACAGCAUUAUGUUUUAGCCCACUGAGCCACUGCUAGCUGAUUUUUCUUGAGCUAUUGGUUCGUGGGUUCAAAGCCUUUUGCAGUGUUUGUAUUGCACAUGUGCAUUCAAACCCUUCUUGCAUAGCUAGCCUGUAAAGAGGUUUCAGUUGGAGGCUGACAUCAGACUCGUUACAGUGAGUGUAAUUUAUAUAGUGCAUAUUUAGUUCAUUCCAACAGUUUUUCACAUUUUUGGAGGACUUUCAUUCUUUAUUUAGCUUGGACAUCCAGUGGAGUGGUAGGGGCGAUGCGAUCCUUUGACUUAUUUUUGUUUCCCCUCACCACCAGCUUGUUGUUUCCAUCUCAACAUACUCUUAAUCUUAAUCAUAUAACAGCAACAAUGUGUCCCGAACGCUGUCUUUGCCAUGCUUAUUUCCAGCAUUACAGUCCACUGUAAAAUGUUUUGCUGUAGCAAGAUUUUAAAGAUGCACAGGUGUGAUUUUGUGUUUUGCUGCCCUACAGUUGGGGCGUUUCAGUCAGACUAACAAAUGGUUCAAGCUGAAGCAGCAGAGGCUGCGAUAGCUUCAUCUUCAUUCUUCUGAUUGUUCCAUUCAUAAGAUCCUACAUUUCCCACAAUGCAACAUGACUGCUUUUUUUCUUGAGCUCCUCUUGGAAUGACAAAUGUCUGAAUUCUAAACUUAAACUUUGUGUGACACAAAGUUUUGUGGUACUGUUUUUUCUUUUCUUUCUUUCAAAAAAUGUGUCAUCCAAGCUAAAUGACAUCAUCUGUAGGAAUAUUUAGCUCCACUCAGGGGCUUAGUGUUGUGUAGAUCAACAAAUACAAUAUUGCCAUAUAGCUGAUCAUUGCACACUUAGUUUACAAUAAUAAUAAAAGAUUUGGGGGACUGUGCUGUUUAGAAAUACAUGUGCUGGUAUUGAAUAUGAGUAUUGAAUAUGAGUAAAUAUGGACAGGAUGAGUGAUAUUUACAUUGUUUCAUCUCAAACUUGUGCUGAUGUGGUCAUGUUCUCUGUCAUAUAAUCACUUUUUCCUCCCUUCUGCACCCUCAGACCAAAGCACUCUUUCUUAUCCGCAGCGCAAGCGGAGAAAAAGCGCUUUGUUUCUUGUUUCUUCCGUGCAGUUUGCUCGCAGAAUGAAAAUUAGUGUUUGGAUUUGGGAUGAGUUGUGAUAUUUUUAAAGUAACACAAGGUGUGAUCAUGAUAUGUUUACUAGUCUCUUAUACUGUGUCCUGUCUGCAUUGUAAACAUAGUUCACUGCUUAUUUUUCCACAAAUUUCAAGCUUUGUUUCAGCUUCUUGGGCCAUCCAUGUCAGCUGACCUGGAAUUAGUUUUCAUGAAGCAGUCUUGAUAGAUAGAAAUUACAAAAGACCUCUGAAAUCUAUUUUAUUUACUACAUUUAACUACCAAACAGCUCAAAAUAUGCCCCUCUUAUUUAACUGUUAUUGUGAGAAUUUUUGUGUUCAUGGGACCGAAAUCUCAAAUUUAGAAUAGUGGGUCAUAAUUAUGAGUGGUAUUGUAUAAGCUGCAGAGAUAAGGUCUCUGACAUGUUUGAUUGAAUGCAAUCUUCUUCCACAUAUACCUGUUACCAUGACAUAUUCUAUGUUUGCUGUGUCUUAAAUCACAUAAUUCUAUAUUUACACUCAUUAAUUUGAGUUCGACAUUGUGUUCACAAUAUCAAGUACUGCUCCACAAAGUGCUGCUUGAGUACCUAGAAAUGUGGAACAUUUCUCAAGCUUAAGGGUCACUGUUAGCUAGCAGAUAGACUGCUAGCUAACUGGUAGUCCUUCCGAAAGAGAUUUUUAUUUUUAUUUUUUUUGUUAAGGGUAGAUUUUUUUUUCUUCAGGCACUGAAACUAGCUUUGUUAAAUUGUUUUGCAUAUUGCAAAUGCCAUUAAUGGUGAGUGCAUGACUGGUCAGCUCUGAUUUGAAACAAGCCUGGUAAAUCCAUUUACUAAACAAGUAGCUAUAUAGUGUACAUAAAGCACUAAAUGAAAAAGUAUUUGAAUUGAGACACACUGUACUUAAACAGGCAGGGAUACAAUGCUGCUACAUACUCUUUUAUUCCACAAGGCAUGUAUCACACAAUCUCUGUCACAAGCAUUGAGAUAAUUUGGUGUAAUCAAAGGAAAAACGAAGACCUUUCUAGUUCCAUAGUUGCUCCUGGUUUGCACCAUUAAGUCAUGCAGCAUACUGUCUCACAUGGCAUCUGGGUCUUCGAAUUACCUCAAAUGCAGAGAGAACCAGGGAUUUAUUUGUUAGGGAAUAUUUAAUGAUAUUUUCUCUACUGCUACCUUUUUAAUUUUCAUAAAUGUUAUGCUCAGUAGAAAAUAUUGUACAUUUUCAUUGUACAGUUUGUGUUUUCUUUUUUUGUUUGGUGUUGGUGGAUUAUGUGUAAGGACCUCAUUAUACUUUCCAUGUGAGUGAGUCUAUUAGGCUCAGGUUGGGUCUAAAUGAUUUUGUCAUGAGACAGUGAGCCAAUCUAUGCAGAUGUCUGCAUGGCUGGCUCUUUUUUGACUGUGGACACUGGAGAUUUUACAUUACUGGACAACAACCAGAUGGCAGACUUCAAGCGGAUCUGAAAGAAUUAUGACAGGGAUGACUUCUUGGCCCUCAUGUCUCCUGUACAUGUCUGAAACAUAGUAUAAUCAAUGCUUGGAGCAACCCAUCUAGGGCUGGACUCAGCGGUAGGGUUUGCGUUAAUGUCUACCCUGUUUGAUAGAAUUUUCUUAUUUGGAAUAUUCAAAUGGAAAAGCUUUAAACAGAAAAAAAUGUGCCUAAAACAAUACCCAACCCUAAACCACCCCCAGGUGUGUCAGCGAAGAUAUGUUUAUUAAGAGGUCAGUUUUAAGUGACCUCUAGUUUGAGUGCUGGCCUUAACUGCAACUUAUUAGAAGCUGCGCCAGGUUGUUAACAUUAAUGCACAAUAUUGAGUGCUGAGUGUGUUAGUGCUGUGGAAAUGUGCAUUAUGCUAAACUGGUCAUCUGUUCUAGAACAGGUAAUCCCUCUCCUCCUUUGUUAUUCAAUCUGCCUUUGAUUGUGUUUGCUGAUCAAACCGCCAACUGUUACUUCAAACAGGAGGCGGCUGUUCAGUAUUUAAAUUGUAGUAGUAUUUUACAGCCGUUGUGUACAGUCUGGCUAGUUUUGCCUGUUCACCUUGUUUACAUUAACGUCAAAGUUAGUUGAGGUUGGUGUAAGUUAGUGUAACUCUCAGGCAAUUAUACAACUUUCAAUGUUUCUUUCCCCUUUGUUCAGGCUUUGUGAGCAUUUUGGACUUAUCAUGUGAGGUCGUGCCUGUCCUUUGUGCCCAGUGAUCUCUUUGCUUAAAGGUGGUUCUGAUCUUAAAAAUCGUUGUACAUUCAUGACUUUCCUUCAUGAAGAUAUGUAUUCGUUUAAAGAUCAAAUACUUUCCCAGUUUGUAUUCUGUAGCAGUAAUCUGUGUAAGAAUAUUUCUGUAUUGGUAUUUCAAUUUGUAUAUUUGUAUGUACAAGAGCAUUGUUUUAAUGACUGUCUUACAAUUCUGUGGACAGAAACAGACACUGCAGUGCAUGCAGUGUGCUCGCUGCUCGACUCCUUUAUAUUCUGCAGCAGUUUAGCGCAGCCCCAGUUCUGCUCAUACGACCCUCUUCUUUCUCCUCUGCUGCGAGUUUAAAUAAAGGCCAAAGCCCAGAGCAUAAUUACACACCUCUGUUCGACACUUGUAACCACAUCUUAAGUCGAGGUGUUUAAUCAUGCUCUUAUAGUAAAAACUGGCACAAGUUUGAUGGAUUUCUAAUGAGUUUUCUGAUAACAAAGACAACAGAGACUUUACUGGAGAUUCAUUAUCUGCUGUUAAGCCCACAACAUUUUCCCCAUGGCUCUGAUCAGAUAAAACACUUAGCUCUCCUGCUGGAACAUAACGCAUCAGUGCUAAUAUUGAGGAAGAGCCCAAGCAGUGUAAAACAACUCGCAGACUUUGUAGACUAGAGCGGUUUUGAGUCACACUGAAGCAUUUGGCACCCAUGGCAAAGUCAGGUAAUGUGCGACAUCAGAGAUAAUAUAUCAGAUCUUUGAAUAUUACCAGUCAAACACCAAACAGAAUUUUACAAUGCUGCUACAAAAAUCUUUUACAUGAAACAAUUAGGCUGAUUGGUUUGAACUUACUAAGACGAGUUGAGCAAAUUUUUUUGCUCAACUUUUUUUUUUUAAAGAUCAAUUUCUGGCAUUUUUAGUGCUUAAAAAUAUGAAAGUUUACGCAGUGACUACAUAUCAACCACAGUUAUCUUGAACUGGCAAUUGUUACAUACACAGACUAUAAAAAACUCCAGUAUCACAGAAUCACACAAUGAAAGUCAAUAAUUAUGCUUUGUGACUGGAGUAGUAAUUGCCUUUAAUUUUUUAUGAAAUUAAGGCAUAAUCAAUUUUCUUUCUCAGUUGUCCCCUUUCACUUUUGUUUGUCCCUAUCAUUUAAAUAUGAUCAGCAAGUGGAGAAACCCCUGACCAAGGUCACAUGAAAUACUUCUGAAGAUAAUACUUUAUCUAAUGGGAUAAAUUGUGUUUCCAAAUAUCUAAAAUCACUGAGAGAAGCUUCAGGGUCAGGUAUCUAUAGGCUACUGGGUUUGUUACUACAGUAUCCGCCCCAUUCAGAAACAAAGCAUACAUUAUUUCAUUAACAAUGUUAUUGAUUAGCAAUAUUGACCAGUGUCGCUUUAAGAUAAAAAGUAAACACCUGUACAUAUUGGCAGUGGAGAAAGCAGGAAACAUUUUUUUUAAAGGAGUCGAGCGGCGACUGCAGACUGCCUUGGCAAACUUCGGUGUGGGAAGCUUUGACAAAACUCUGGCAGUAAAACAUGACUCAUAUCUGGGAUGUUAAGCCUCUUCUAAUGAGGUCAGGUAUUCAUAUACGUGCAGAUGUAUUUCAGGGGGAAAUGACCACACGCAGUUUGACUUCUCGUGAUGGUUCACCGAAGCAGCCAUUUCCAUUUCUUGAGAGGAUAAUUACAUAAAUCAAGAGUUUGAGCUUUGCCUUCUCUUGUUAUUUUCCACGUGAAACUGUGUGUCAUAUUGACAAUUGCAAAGAUCGCUCAAAUUAUUAUUAAGCAUUGUUGUGCCCUCCCUGCUGCUUUGUUCCAGUUUCAGUGAAGAUUUCCAAGGCUCAGUUGGGAAUGAGUGUGAUGAGGAUGAUGAAUUGACGCUGCUUUGAUUGCCCUGACAUCUCCAGUUGGGCUGUGAUUGUAUUUCUGGAAGUUUUGAAAAUAAUAUGUCUAUGUAAUGUCUGUGUCAUUUUGGAUCAACUUCUAAAUAAUUUAACUGAGCAUUACAUUUUGGAAUAGAUUUUUUAGUCCAACACAGUAGAGUGUGAGAUUUAUAAAUGUUACAGUAAGCUUCAUCCAUGUGUAUGGAUAGAGAAAAUCUUAAAGGUAUGAUAGCAAUUAACAUUACUGCAUAUAGUGAUUUUGAUACUAGCAUAAGUUUAAACUAUUAUCUGGGUAGCUUUCCUGAGCUUUGGGGUUUCUUCCUUAGAAUAGACAUUAGGGAAUGCUUCUUAUUUAAAGGGCAAUGUGUUGUAUCUGAACUAAUAGCAAGGAAAUGUUUUUGCAUUGCACAAUGUUGGUAAUAACCUGUGAAAAAAAGUAUUGUUUCUACAGCAUUUCCUCCCCCAAGUAAACUAUAGUUAAACACA